UCAUUAUUUAGCCCAAUACAUCUUUACAUUUGUUUUUCAUAUGUUUAUUUUUUUGCGUAUUAGACCCGAAGGCUAUCAUUCUCACGUGAUUGUCAAUUAAUGGCUAAAAAGAAGAAAACAAUUUGUUUUUAAUGUAAACAAAAAUGGAAAAUAAGAUUGACACGCCGCCUAAACCGAAACGCGUUCGACUAAAUCCUACAAGGAAGUGGACCAUUCCAGAAGAAAAAGCUCUAAUCGAGUUCUUGAUGGAAAAUAGGGAUUUUGAAAAACCAUCAACGCAGGUCUUCUACAAACGCUUUUGUGAGGAAAAGCAAUUGUCGAUGCAUUGGACACAGGUGCGCUCAAAGGUGAGAAACAUGCGUGUUAGCUAUAACAAAGCGAAGGCAUGGGAAGGGUCAACUGGCGCCGGUAGUAUGCAAGGGGAUACUGUUAAAGCCACUUUGUUGAAAAUGUGCAGCUACUUUGAUGAACUCGAUGAUUUGUUUGGCAACAGAAUUGUACAGUGCGCAAUUAUUGAAGAUUCCUUAGAAUCUGAAUGUGAAAGUUUUUUAAACUCAACAGAAACUGAGGACAUAACAACUGCAUCCGAUACAUCGGUUACUAACAAUGCUCCCUCAACUAGUCGCAAAGGAAUUUACUCCCGCACAGCAGUAUCGGAAAUAUUAAUGAUGCAGACUGAAAUGUUGGAAAUAAAAAAACAAAAACUGGAUAAUGAAAGAAUAUUAAGGAAAGAGAAGUAA